AUGGGAAAGGGCAAGAAAAAGGGGAAAAAGGGGGUUGAAGAUGUUCCAAUUGGAGCUCUAACUUUAGAAGAGCAACCCUCAUCUUCAAGCUCCGGAACAGUUCAGCAGCCAAAGAAAGAAACUUCAGUCCCACCAGAUAUUGAAAAAGAAGAUGAUAUGGAUGGUGGGUUGGACUUAGGAGGACCAAGAAGAAGGAGGAAGAAGAAGAAGGAGGCAACCUCAUCACAACAGGGAACACCAAGGGUUAUUGAAACUCAGCCUGUAACUCCUAGUACUGCUGCAGCACCUGCACCACAAACCUGGAGGCAGCCUCAGGCAUCACCUGCUGCUCCUGUGCCGAGUCGUGUGGUUGAAAAUCCACCACCUGCACCUCCUGCUGCUGUGCCUCAACAAACUGAUAGUGCAAAAUCUUGGGGUAAAGAUGCCACAACAGAACAACCAUCAUUUUGGGGAAGAAGUGACCCACCAUUGCGUGGUCACGGUAGAGGUGCUCCAUCACAUGGUGGCCAAGGGAGGGGCAGAGGUGGUCCAGGGUAUGGAGACCACCCAGGCAUGCAAGCACCAGAACCUGGCAAGUUUGCUUCACAACCUAUGCCCUCCCAAGCGCCAGUGCCAGAUGUCACAACAGAACAGCCAUCAUUUUGGGGAAGAAGUGACCCACCAUUGCGUGGUCACGGUAGAGGUAGAGGUGCUCCAUCACAUGGUGGCCAAGGGAGGGGCAGAGGUGGUCCAGGGUAUGGAGACCACCCAGGCAUGCGUGCACCAGAACCUGGCAUGUUUGCUUCACAACCUAUGCCCUCCCAAGCACCAGUGCCAGAUGCCACAACAGAACAGCCAUCAUUUUGGGGAAGAAAGGACCCACCACUGGGUGCAGGUAGAAGUGCUCCACCACAAGGUGACACACAAGGCAGAGGUGGAAACCGAGAUCAACGACCAGCACCUACACCACAACCUACCAUGGUUGCUUCACAAGCUACAUCUUCCCAAGUAUCAAUGUCCUCAGUUCCUCCAAGUAGGGUUCCUCAGGGUACAGGCAAAGCUGUGGGAUCAGUGGUGUGUCGCUUUCAAAUACCUAAAAAGACUAGAACUAAUGCACCAAUUCCAGCAAGUGCUACGAGGGUCUUGACAAACUAUUUACCAAUGAAUAUUAAGCCUCUGAAAAUACACCGUUACGAUGUCGCAAUAAAACCGGAUAGGCCGAAGAAGUUUAUGUCAAAGGUGUUCCAGGCGAUGAAAGCUAAAUACUACCCUAAACACAUAAUUGCAUUUGACCAAAUGAAAAACUGUUAUGCGGUGCAGGCUCUUAUCAAAAAUGAUGAACGCUUUUGUACUGAGGUCGAUAUAAAAGAUGAUAAUGGAAAAACCUGUACAUAUGAAAUUGCAUUGAAGUUAACUGGAAUGGUAGACUUGAGUGUAUUAUUCAAUUACAUGCGUAGUGGCACAGCAUUGUCACCUCCAACCGAAGCCAUACAUUGCAUUGAUGUCGUCCUGCGACAAGGAGCCUUGGAAAACUAUGUGAAGGCCAGUCGCCAGUACUUCAUGCGUCCCAGGAAUCCCAUAGACCUCGGAGAUGGCCUGGAAAUGUGGACUGGUUUAUUCCAAUCUGCGAUAUUCACAUCUAGGCCAUUCAUUAACAUCGAUGUGGCACACAAGGGUUUCCCGAAGAGUCAGCCGUUGAUCGACACAUAUAGCAGGGAUUUCCGCUUGGACCUUAACAGCCCCAUUGAGAGGCAGAGGAAAAUGGAGUGUGAACUAUUCGUUAAAUACCUACGUGGUUUACGGGUGGUUGCCACAAUUGGUGACUCACGAACGGGAUUCAAGAAACGCGAGUUCAUUUGCAACGACAUAAAGCCACCAGCCAACGCCCUCACGUUCACCAUCACUGAAGAGUCCGGUCGGAGCAGGACUAUCUCUGUCGAGCAGUACUUUACUAGCAAGGGAUAUAGACUCCGAUACCCAAAUCUGAAUUGCGUCUGGGUUGGACCGAGGGACAAGGAAAUUUAUUAUCCCAUGGAGUUACUUCACGUCGCGUAUGGCCAGGCACUAAACAGACAAUUGAACGAAAGGCAGUUGUCCAAAAUGGUUCGAGAAGCCGCUACUCCUCCCAGCGACCGAAAGAGGAAGAUCGAAGAAGUCAUUCGAGAUAUGAAAUAUUCCAGCAACGAAUAUUUCAAAGAGUUUGGUUUGGAGAUCACUAAUAGAUUCUAUGAGGUCGACGCGAAAGUUUUGAACGCUCCAAUCUUGAAUGUUGGCGAAGGGACUGUGAGGCCCAGAGCUGGAGCAUGGAUGGCCAAGAGGCUCCUGCAAGCAAGCGCCCUUCAAUCUUGGGGAUUCCUGGUGGUGGAAACUGACCCCAACCGUCUUAGAUGCGAGGACAUCAUUCAAAAGAUACAAGCCGUCGGUCGACAAAUGGGGAUGGCCGUACAGAGUCCAGCGAUGACCAACUUUAACGUGAAAGCAACCGAACUACUCAGCAUUUUUAGACGAGCGGUCGACUGUCGAAUCAACUUCCUCUUUGUCAUCGUCAGUACAUGGAGUAAGAAUCUUUAUCAAAAGGUUAAGAAGUUAGCUGAAUUGGAAGUUGGUAUAUUGACCCAAUGUAUAAGGGACCAGACCGCUGAGAGACGUAUGAACGAGCAGACCAUACGUAAUAUAUUACUCAAGGUGAAUUCCAAAUUGAUGGGCGUGAACCAGACGUUGGGCAAUACAUCAGAGCCGCCGUGUCUGAGAAAUGGAGACGUUAUGGUCGUCGGAGCUGACGUGACUCAUCCAUCGCCCGAACAAACGGACAUUCCUAGCAUCGCCGCAGUGACAGCGUCAUUUGACACUAAAUGCUUCCAGUACAAUAUUCAGUUGAGCAUUCAGACACCUAAGAAAGAAAUGAUUGUGGAGUUCGAAGAGAUGAUGGUAGAGCAUUUGCUGGUCUACAAGAAACAUCAAAGGUCUCUACCGCGCAAGAUUUUCAUAUUUCGAGACGGCGUCUCUGAAGGGCAGUUUGCUCAGGUGAUGAACAGUGAGCUUGUCGCGGUUUACAAAGCCUAUGAACGUGUCGCCGGUCCCAAUAAGAAGCCUGAAGUUCUGUUCCUUUUGGUGCAAAAGAGACAUCACACCAGAUUCUUCUUAGGCGAGAACAAUGCGCAGAAUGUCCUGCCUGGCACAGUCGUCGACAAAGACGUUGUACACAAUAGCGAAAUGGACUUCUAUCUGGUGUCCCAUCAAGCUAUAAAAGGAACAGCCCGACCGACCCGAUAUUACGGCGUAUGCAACGAUGGCAACAUUCCAAUAGAGGAAGUGGAACAACUGACAUUUUAUCUAUGUCAUCUUUACGCACGCUGCACCAGAUCUGUGUCGUAUCCCACGCCUACAUAUUACGCCCAUCUUGCUUGCACGCGGGCCAAACAUCUCACCUUUGGUGACCGCUUCAACAACAGGGAUUUGGAGCUUAGACCUCAACGUCUUCAAGUUUUGAAUCGAAUGUUAGACAAUAGCCGUAUGUUCUUCGUGUAA